AGCCCCAUGGCUUUAUUCCCGGUACUAGAGAAGGAGAGGAUAUUCAAGAUGGGAGCCCAGGCCUACAGGAUCCCAGCCCUGCUCUACCUGGCCAAGCACCACACCUUCUUGGCAUUUGCCGAGCAGAGGGCCAGCAAGAAAGAUGAGCAGGCCAAAGAGCUCGUGCUACGCAGAGGGGAAUACCAGGUGUCAACCCAGCUGGUGCAGUGGCAGGAGAUGGAGGUGUUGAGCACAGCUCGGCUGGAGGGCCACCGGUCCAUGAACCCCUGUCCUGUGUAUGAUGAGGCCACGGAGACCCUCUUUCUGCUCUUCCUCGCUGUCAAGGGCGAGGUCUCUGAGCAAUUCCAGAUCCACAACAAGGCCAAUGCUGCGCGUCUGUGCUGCGUGACCAGCCAGAACUUGGGGAGGAGCUGGAGUCCCUGCUCAGACCUCACCCAUUCUGCCAUUGGGUCCUCCUACAACGACUGGGCCACUUUUGCCAUCGGACCAGGCCACGGCCUGCAGCUACACAACUCUGGGCGUCUGCUGAUUCCUGCCUACGCUUAUCGGCUCCUUGAGACUCACAAGGAGCCCACUCCCUAUGCCUUUUGCUUCUCCAGCGAUGAUCAUGGCAAGACAUGGAAAAUGGGAAACUUUAUAACUAUGGAGAAGACGCUGGAGUCCCAAGUGGUGGAAGUGGGCAGCCAUGGGCAGAGGUUCUUGUACUGUAACUCCAGAAGCACCCUUAGGAGGAGGGUCCAGGCGGUCAGCACCAAUGAUGGAAUGGACUUCCAGGCUGCCCAACAGAUCAGCAAACUGGUUGAACCAUUAAAUGGCUGUCAGGGAAGUGUGAUUGGCUUCCCUGAUCCCACCCCAAACUCUGUGGACACCUGGGUGCUUUACUCUCAUCCCACAGACCCGUUGUACCGGAACAACUUGGGCGUGUAUCUUAAUAAGGAUCCCUUAGACCCAGAAGGCUGGAGCAAGCCGGCCAUGCUAGCAAGAGGCCCCUGUGCUUAUUCAGACCUCCAGUACAUGGGGCUGGGUGCUGAUGGGUCACCCCAGUUUGGCUGUUUGUUUGAAUGUAAACAUUAUGAGGAAAUCCUUUUUGUCAUGUUCACCCUCAAGCAAGCUUUUGGUUCCUGA